GAUCCGCGAGGCAGCAAAGACCCACAAGUUGGUGGAGCAGGAGCUGGCUCACGCCGUCAACGCCACCGCCCUGGUGCUGACUGAGGCCAAACUGUCCAGCCUUGAGUGUCUGAGUCGGAGCACGGCCGUGGAGAUCGUCAACAGCAGUAAAGACCUGCAGGCUGAGACCAGGAUGCUGCUGGAUGGAAAACUACUGUCAGACUAUCCUGAGGAAGAGGAGCUGCACCUGACUCUGAACAAUCUGAGCGCUGAGCUCAUCAAGCUGGAUGACAUCCACUGGAUCUGUCCACUCAUGCAGUGCUCUGAGGAGGACUCGGUGAGGAGCAGCAGUAAAAGCAGCAGCAGCAGCAGCAGCAUGAAGCUGAAGAUUAUUCCCAAAACUAAGAAGGAGAAAGAGAAGCUCCACAAACAGAAGUCCAACAGCUCUCUGUCAGGAGUGUGGGAUAUCAAAGGUGGGGCUGCUGAGGCAGACUCUUCAGGCAACUGAUGAUGAUGUCAGAACCUUUCUCAUCCUGACCAAACCAGGGGUUGGCUGCACCCCACCCACCCCCCCAAUCUUCCUCCGCUUUUACCCCCCUACACCCUGUGGCUUCAGAGGACUCAGAAACAGACGUCGCUCCCUAAUCCCAACUUUUAAUCUGUUUGCUUUUCUCGGCCUUUUCUUUUUUUUAAAACAGACCAUCAGGAUGAUUUUGGACUUUUUAUUUCGUUUUUUUUUUUUUAAAGGGGGCGUGGCUCUGUGUUUCUUUGCUUCACUGCUGACGCUCUGCUUUCCGUUCUGUGGCCAGCAGCAAAUUCAAGUCAAACCCCAGGGAGGUGUGGAGACAAACGGCGUGCGACAAUAAAUAUACGUGGUGCUCCUCUCGCAUGUCACGUGUAUCGGAUAUUUUUUACUAUUGUAAGUUGUUACAAUCUCUGAAGUUCUUCUUUCCUUCAAUCAUUCUGUUUUUCUUAAGACUUUGACUAGCCUUCGAACUGCAUAUUUAUUUCUUGUUGCUACUGCCAUAAGAACUCCCGACAGCAACAAAGCGAACAAACUGAGAUCUCAGCGUUCUCGUCUACUGAACUGGAGAAUAUCUUAAAUGUUGCAAAAAAAAAUUACACAGAGGAAUGUACUUGUGUGGACUUGUAUUAACCAGUGAAUUAUGAUAAUGUUCUAUUAGGGUUCUCCUGUUGUUCAAGUGGUGCUUCGGUGGUCUUGUGCCGAAGCGUUGCAGUUUGGCUGCAAACCGACCUUUAUUACGAGUCAUUUCAUCGAGGAGCGAUUAAUGUUUUAAAAGUGAAUCAGUCGGUUCUGAGAUGGGAUUUGUUGUGGGGGGCCGGGGUCGACCCUCGCCCCUCUGCAUAUUUUAAACUUGAAUCAUGAAGCGUUUCGAGGUCCAGGACCAGAUGAUAUGACUCGGUGUGUCUAGCUGGUGUUUACACAAAGAGGAAGCAUCAAGGGCAAACUGAACGUUGCAGCUUCUUAAUGUAUUACACUUACUUUGUCCUCUACAUGAUUGUAUGUAAUAUAAGGAUAAGGGUUAAUAUGUAUAUGAUUUUUGCCUUGUCUGUGGUUAAAAAGCUAUUAUUACAAAUAUAUAUCUAUUUUUUGUAAAUCUURGUUCCCCGAACUGGAGAUCUGUGAAGCUGUUUUGGCUUUGCUGCUUCCCCCUUUGAUAAAACUCCAGCAUUCCUGCAUAUUGAUGCCGUUUGUGUCCCUGCAUGCAUAACUUCGCCUCACAGUGGAAAACUGCCUCAAAAUUGUGAACUUCUGAUUGUUUGCUCAGAUUAACAUUUGUGAACUUUUUGUUUUGGUGUGCUUACAGAAACAUUUAAGAGAGUAACUUAAACAAAAGGGAAUUUGUAGGUUUUUUUUUUCAUCAUUUUACAGUAGAUGUUAUUUAAGCAGGACAGCAGCUAAGUUUGACGUUUUAGCGUAAUUUAAACUGGUAAUGCUUGAUAAAAUGACUAAAAUUAGAGUUGAGAUAACRUCUCGAAGUGUUUUCUAGUACAGAGCGUUCAAAGACACAUCAAAACUUUUAUAAGUAUUUAUAAAUAGCACCAAGCUUUCGUCUUAACCCGCGUCAUAAAAAGGAAAUUUCCACACAAUUUCACCAGGUGUCCACAUUUACAGCAUAGAAUAAAAAAGAUAUAGUUUUAAUUAAAAUGACUCCCACAAAACAUGUUUGUUUAUCGUUUACAAGUUCGUCAGUUGUUAAGGUUUUUAGGAAACAAAGUUAAGUUUAAUUUUUUACAUUUUUUGAAGUAAAAAUGUUAGAGCUAAUAAGGCAUAGUUGUUUGGGUUUAUAGAACAUAGUUAUUUUAAACUGGUCCAGAUCUCCAGUAUACUGAAAACUAAAGCUGUAAAUAUUUUCAGUUUUAAAAUCAAUCAGUUUUUCUCACCAAAACAUCAGUUUAAAUAUGAACGCAAGUUUCAAAUACAUGUUUUUAAAACUACCUGGAGUGGUAAAGAUGGGGCCCAACACAGAUGGAAAGAGUAUUUAAUUUUUAUUGUAUUAAUUAUUUAUUAUUAUUUUAUUUUUAGAUUCAGUGGCUUUGUAUGUAUUAAAUUUUUUUACCAUAAAGAUACAGUCAUAAAUAAUUUUUAAAAAGUUUAGAUUACUGAAUAAUUUCUUUGGCAAACGAUUAUUAGUUAGUAUUUUAACAUGUUAAUAACAAUGAAACAGACGCUACGUUAGGUUAGGCUAAUAUUGUCACAAAGCUAACACCACACUGGAUGGAUGGAAAAUAAUUUAAAAAUCAACAAAAUGACAGUAAAUAAAAAGAUUUUGUGUCWGUAAUACAAUCUGGGAAAAAUAUGAACUUUUGGGUUAAAGCUGAGUAACAAACUAGCUAACAUCACACUAGCCUACAGUUUAGCACAAAAAAUUAGCUGCAUGCUUUAAGUCUUUAAAGUUAGCUUGUUCUUUUUUUCCAUARGCGGUACUUUAAAAAGUACAAAAUGCACACAAAAUACGUAAUAAUUCUAAAGUUUAUUUUACGACAAGUUUGUAUUUUUUAUGAUUUAGCUUAAAAGUUGCAGCCGCUAAAGAAGCUAAAAGCACAUUCUGUUCAAGUUGAAACAAGUGGUUCUUAACUUGUGUGAUUUUAUUUAUUAUUUUUAUUAUUUUUAAUCUAUAUUUUGCAGCUUAAACCCAGUGGUGGGUUGUGGUCACUGUGAGGCACUUGUAGAUGUUCGGCUGUGGUGAGAUGGUGUUUUUGUAUCCAUAGUGUGCCAGUUUAUCGCUCUACACCUCCGAGGCUUUAGUGACGUUCUGCCAAGUCUGGACUUCUGAUUGACCUGAAUGGUGUGUGUAUGAGAGUGAGUAUGUGUGUGUGAGUAUGUGUGUGUGUGUGUGAGAGAGAGAGAGAAAAAGCUUAUGAUGUAAUACAUUUCAAAGUUUACCGUAUCUUGCCUUUGCACUUUACGAUAAAGCAAAAUUUACCGGGGGAAGAAAAAAAAAAACAUUUGCAUAUGUAUGUUCAGAUUUUGAGUGUUUACAAGCAUUUUUUUUUUAAUUGAACUGAUGAAAAUGUUUUAUUUAUGACAAAUAUAUAUGGAUAAAAGUGUGGUGAUAAAAUGUAAUUAACCAAUCGUAAAAUUCUAAAAGUACAUUUUAAUUGUAAAGAGCUGUAUAAACAGAUGGUUACUACACUUGUGGUUUUAAUCGCUUGUAAUAGUUUUUUUUUCACCGUCACAGCAGCAUCAUAUUGUACCAAUAAGAGCUUAGAUAAAUAUUAAAAACAUGUGGGUCAUUUGAAUAUUCUUUCAUUUUUAUUUUUAAACUACUGUAUGAAAUUCUUCAGUGUUAUUUAUAAUUUACAAAUGAAUAGUUUACACAGUGGAGCUGUAAAUUUUUAUCUUUCAAUUAAAUUAUAAAAUGUUGAAGUGGCAAAUAUCACAAUGUUGGGGAACACAUACACACGAGCCAUUUUGGAAUAACCAGUUGCCUGUUUUUUUAUUUUAUUUUUUUCUAAAGUGAUUUUUAUUUUAUUUUUAUUUUUUAUUUGUUUUCAAUCCUCAAAAAUGUGUUUUUAUUUUUUUUGGACUGAAACUCUUCCGAGUGCUCAUCUGCAGCUGAGAUAUCAGCAGAGGAACUCUGCGUGAAUUUACAGACGACAAACACUUUAAGCAGGUUUUGUGCAACAGUAUUGAACAUAUACAACGUUGUGAACGCAGCCCCAGCCAACACACUCAGACUGCGCCAGGCAGCGCCAGGCUCCGUGUUGCACGACCUUGUACGUCGCGAGGUGUUUUCUUGUGUCAUGUGCAGUGUGUAACAAAGACGAAGUCGGUGCAAACCUCUGAACAUUAAAAGAAUUAUUCAAUUGUGA